CAUCUCCGCAGUCCGCAGUCCCAUGGGUCGAGUCGCGCCAUGGGUCGAGUCGCAGUCCCAGUCCUACGCCGUGGAGCUCAUGGUCCUGACCGAUUAGGAACGCCGGGCGAUGGAUGAAAUCCAAACUCCCUCCAGCUAAAGGAGGACGCAGAAGAGGAUGAAGAGGCCCAGAGGAUGUGGAGGGGAAGGAUCAGCUCGAGCAACCUGGGUCUUCAUGGUGAAGGGAGCCCUUGUGAACUGGGACGUACGCUGUGCAACGAGAAGUACGAAGUGGACUUGAUGCACUGGCACCUGUCAGAUCUCGGUUCCUGACACGGAGACUUCACGAGCCUGCAGGCUCGCACAUCCCAGGCACGGUGCGCUCUUCGGGUGAUGAUCUUGGCGCGCGACACAGAACCGAGCUCAAGGAGCAACCGCCACUCUUGCGGCACUCUGGCAUACCCGCCGCAAGACGACGCGGCGCGGGGGUGGGGGUUGGUUGUUUCAAUUGGGGGAGUGGUAGGUCUUGGGCCUCACAUCUUGGGCGGUCUGGGCAUUGAAUGAGCUCGAAGUUGGGCGUCCUUGGCAAGUGACCGGAGAUGUCGCUCUCAGCUUCACACUUGACCAGCCGCCUUCGCCGCCAGCCGCUUUCUAUGACGAAAAAACCCCACGGUUUGGUGACCUGGCGCGACUUCGAAGGAAGAGCUGGACUUCCGUCACACCCACCUGACGGUGCCUGUUGGCACCUAACUAUAUAGUCACCGACGGCGCUGGACACGUUUGGGACGUCAGGUUCGCUCCGCUGGGUGGGCCUGGCCCCCGAGAUGCCAAGGUGCCUGCUGUGCUCUUGUCAUGUGCUACGCAGUGGUCAGUGUGACCUCGGUGGACGCGAAGCGAAGGUGGCUUCCAGGUUCGCAUGGUUUGCCGAUGGGCCUUCAGUCCUUCGGGUCUACGAAGGCCUACCACCAUCAUCGCGGUGCUACACCGGCACAGUGAUCGCUACACGUGGCAGUGCCAGCGCUGGCACUGGUUUCUUCCACUCAGGCACUGCCUGGCGGCGUCUCGUCCACUCGUCCAUCGUUAUUUGGUGGUUCUUCUCGCCCAUGCUUCGUCGCAAUCGACGCGUCGAGACCGUGACGACCGCCUUCCUUUUGCGGCAUUGGGGCGGAGCGGUGCAAAGCCGCCAGUCGCAGCGUUGGACGAGUCGGAGAGUGCUUUUGGGUGCAAAGCAACUGCGUCCUGCUUGGUAUGGCGCGCUUGGCUGUCCUUGGAUGGCUCAGGGCAGCCAAUUCGGGAUGGAAGUUUGCACCGGACUGGCCGAAGGCGGAUCUGGGCCAUCUGCACGCUUCACACGGCUUCCUUCGUUUGGACGCGACCAGCCGGAGGGUCGUGACCCUCACCUCGACCGGUCUGGGCGGUCAUCGCCCGAGCGGAGCCCGACCUGCGGAGGGGCCACAGCGUGAACUGCACUGCAGAUGAGCUGCUGGCCGUCCGACCGCGAUGCACUCUUGACACACUCAGAUGGCACCCUCUGAGACGACCGACCUGGCGAACUGGCAUCAAAGGUGAUAGCAAGUUCUCUAGCAAGUUCUCUAGCAUGGGGUGAUUCGUUCUGCCCGGACGUGGCCUGAUGCCCUUCGUCCUUUCCUCCAGCGGCAUGCGCUCGACUGUAUGACCCGGAGAACAGGGAGGCACUGCUGAGGCGUGGAAGGACUACUCCUCAAAGCGGGCGCUUGUUGAAGUGCAGUACAUCAGACAUUCGCACAAUGAUGUCAACCGCUACUUUGCACAUGGUGAGCAUGCCAACAGUUCAGUGCUGGACUUGAUCGAGGACCUCAUCAAUGAGAAAGCCCACCCAGGCCUGUCCCUGGCAGCCGACACGGCUUCAGCUUCCGCCUUGGGCACUGGCGGCCUUCGUGCUGCUUGGCGCUGCUGCCCGUGGCGCUGGCGUUCUCCACGCUACGACUCGACUCCUCCGAGGCACUGGCCUUGAGGCGCAGGAGCGCGCUGGCCUGAGCGACGACGCACGCCUGCCUGAGCAACUGGUGGUUUGCUCCAUCAGAGCUCCUGGACUUCCAUGGCCAAUAGAGUACUCUAAGUACUCUGUUUGACUCAUCACUCGAGCGGUUGGUGCAAUCAGAGUUGGUGCGGUUGGUGCAAUCAGAUCGAAGGCUGAUGGAAGUGUGCGAUGCUGGUGGGCAAGGGAAAG